AUUGUAGGGUUAAGCAGUCUCCUCUCCAUUCUCUUCUGGCUUCGCCACAAAAUCACCAUUUCUUCAACAAAAUCAACAAAAAGAAAUUGAAAAAACCUAGUUCUCCUACAUCCCUCAUCUCCAAAGAAGCGCAUCUGGCGUUGGUGCUUAUGAUUCGGGUGAGUUUCUAGACGCUAAUACGUCAAUUUCGAUGCUAAGAUACGGUUUCCGGCGUCUGGCCCACUCGUUGGCUCAACCUGCACCGUUGGCCACUGCCAUCAACCACCAUUUCACUAUCACAUUGCCGCCGCUUGUUUUACCGGAGAAUCAUGACGAAAAUAAUUGUAUCGAUUCGCCCUUUUCCGGCGGAGCUAUGGAGCUCAUGGCGGUCCCCAAGAGGAAGGUUUCUCCACACAGGAGAGGUAUUAGAAAUGGACCAAAGGCUUUGAAACCUGUCCCAGUAAUAAUCAAGUGCAAGGUGUGCGGCCGUGUCAAGCUACCGCACUUCUUCUGCUGCAGCGGGAUCAAGCCAAAUCCUGAAGAAAACAACGAUUAGAACUGCCUUUUGUGUUCUUGAUCUGCUGCACAAAUUGAAGUUUAUGUGAGGAAAUUUGAUCUGCUGAGCACGUCGUCUCUUAGAUUUGUCUGUGAUCAUUUUUAUCAGAUUAUGUACUCUUCUUUGCUACUUCUUUUAGUAGACAUUUUGCAGUUUUUGAUCAGGAUGAGGUUCUCUGCUCAGUGCUGAAUAAUGCUUAUGUUAGGGUUAUGUUAAAUUUUGGGCGCUGUGUUCUGAUUUAUAAAGUUAUAUAAUCUUGCUGCUGAUA